AUAAAAUCGUGUUAUAAAACCUUCAAAAAGUGUACAUUAAAACCUUCAGAAUGAAGAGCCUAAUAUGCCUGCUGUCUCUUCUAGUCGUCACGACCGUGUCCCAUAAACCGUUCCAGGUGAUCUUCCAAUGGAACACCCUGGACGUCGUAUGGCCGUCCGAGGAGGAGCAACAGUACGCCCUUACGCACGGUGAUUAUAUACCAGCGAACAAUUUCAUAGCCGGUAUAAAGCUCUGGAAGGGAAAGAUGUACCUGACGCUCCCACGCUGGAGGGACGGGGUACCGGUUACGCUGGGCGUCACGUCCGCGACACCUGUGAACAGAAACACUGAUCCGAAUCUGGAAGCGUUCCCUAGCUGGGCGAUGCAAAAGAUCGGUGAUUGCAGUGCCUUCCAGUUUGUUCAAAGUAUGGAGAUCGAUCCCGUCGGUCGUAUGUGGGUGAUCGAUUCUGGGCGUAUAUCGCAUCUAUCCGUUGAGACCAAGACCGUUUGUCCGCCACGUCUGGUGAUCCUGGAUUUAGAGAAGAACGGCGAGGUGUUGAAAUCGUACGAGUUCCCGCAGAACGUAGCUCGCCACGGGUUCGCACAUUUGAACGACAUCGUGGUGGACCACGAAGACGGCGGCAUGGCGUACAUAUCGGACAGCGACCGCGAGGAUCCAGGCAUAAUCGUCUAUUCCCUUCAGAACAACACCUCCUGGAAAAUCAGACACGACUCGAUGAAAGCGAAACCGGAGGCGGUCAGGUUCAUGAUCGCUAAAGCGCUGAUCAACAUGCCGUUCCCGGUAAACGGGAUCGCGUUGUCGCCGGCGAGCGUCAAGGACAGACAGCUCUAUUACUCGCCUUUGUCGUCAUUCCACCUGUAUUCGAUGCCGACGUCCGUGCUGAAGAGCAACAUGUCCAACAUCGACGAGUACGUGAACGAGCUUGGCCGAAAGAAUUCCCAGUCCGAUGGGAUGAUGAUGUCCGCGACCGGUGUUCUCUAUUUUGGACUGCUGGCCGACGACGCAGUGUCAUUGUGGGACACGAAAACGUCCGCGUCGUUCAACACCGGGCAGAGGGUGAUCUCCAGGGACCACGAGAGGAUGCAGUGGCCGGACACGUUCGCGUUCGACGAGGACGGGAACUUCUAUUGCGUGACGAACGCUAUGCAGAACAUUCUGAACAAUCGUGUGAACGCCAGCAUGCCGAACUACAGGGUGGUCAGAGCGGAGACCGGGAUGAAGAGCUACCAGUACUUCGAGGACGGUACCGCGCCCGAACAACCGGUGGUACCGACAUCGUGCGCGAAUAGGAUCAGCCUUGGCGUCGCUAUGGCGCUGGCCGUUCUGUUGGCCGUCGUCGUACAGUAAACGUAUCUCAGCCCUCCGAUUAUCGUUUAUCUUUUCUAGAAGUAGACUGUAUUCGGAUCUACGCACGGGUAUACAAUCAAAGGACGUUCCGACAUUAUCUUCACAGUUAGAUAACACGCGCCGAUGACCCGUCCAGUGUUUCUGGUGACUUUGAACGUCCCCCUCGUAUAUACAACGAUCCCCCUCGUUUCACGGAUACACGGAUUCACGGCCAAGCGUGAUGUUACGGCCGUUUAGACGUGUUUUGUAACGAGCGUUGUCGGUCUCGCGAGUUCGUAUACGGGUAUGCGUAUAUUACACAUUUACUUCGAUCGAGUGAUGGGGAUACAGUUGAAUCGGAUCGGUAAUUUGAUAUCGAUACGUAUUAAUUAUCG